GAAAUGACGUCGUGUUAUUGCUAAAUAUUCAUAUCUUUGCCAUUUAACUUCAACAUGGCGGACAACACAUCUGCUCAACCUGCGGCUGGUGAUAGAGAUGUGGCUUUGGCAAACGGCUCUGAAGUCGCUGAGAAUCAAAAUGGACAGGCAGGAGGCCAGCAGCAGGCUGCGCCCCCACAGAGCACCUGGCAAACCAUCAAAGGCAUCGCCUUCCGCAUCUUUGUCUUCUACAUGGUCAUGAGUUUCUUCCGUAAAUCCUCCACGCCCACCGAGGACACGGCCGUUACUACAGAGGACGGCAAGAGUAUCGCCUCGUCGAGCAAGAUGGCCAUGAACCUAUUUGAGACAGGAAUGAUGAUGGAUCUUCGUAUCUACAUCUCCGACAAGGAUCAAUUCACUCAGUUCAACGAGAGUCAAUACCUGUUCUGGGAGCUGACAGACUUGGAGUAUGGAGACUGGGUCGGCGGACCCAAUGAGGACGGAUCGUACACAAUGUCGGACUUUGUAGAUGUUUCUGAGGAAACCAUGAACAAUGGUUCCCUCUACGCUCACAUCUACUUCACCAAGAGUGGCUACUCACCAGAUCCAAGACAGAAAGGAAAGUACGCCAAAAGAUACACAAUCUCCACAUCCAAACGGUUAAACCGUUUCAAGAAGCGUCAUUUCACCAAGACAAAGAACCUCCUGACGGGAGCAACAGAGGCUAGUGAGGAAGAUAUCAAGAGGGCUGAAGAGGAAGGCCCAACUCAGAUCGUCUCCCACUGGCAUCCCAAUCUCACCAUCAACAUUGUGGAUGACCACACCCCCUGGAAGCGAGGCAGUGUUCCACAACCACUUGAUGAGUUGGUAAGGUUUCACGUAUCUGGUGAUUACUAUCCCAUCGUGUACGUCAACGAUUACUGGAAUCUCAACAGUGACUACAUGCCCAUCAAUGAGACCACACCACGCCUACCCCUGUUCCUGACCUACACGCCAAUCUCCUUGUUCAAGCUUCAGUUUUAUGCUGCCCAGUCCAUGCGUAAUCAGUGGACUAUGAUUCUUGGCGAUGGUGGAGGCGGUGGGGAGGACGAUGAUGAGCAAGAUAGCUUGAAGAGAGCCAUGCUGGAGACCAACCCAUACCUUCUUGGCCUCACGUUUGUCGUCUCCAUUGUGCACAGUGUCUUCGAAUUCCUGGCUUUCAAAAACGAUAUUCAAUUCUGGAACAAUCGUAAGUCUCUGGAGGGUCUGUCCGUACGUUCGGUGUUCUUCGGUGUGUUCCAGUCACUCAUCGUGCUGCUGUACAUCAUGGACAACGAGACCAACUUUGUGGUCAAGGUCAGCGUGUUCAUUGGGCUGAUCAUUGAGGCUUGGAAGAUCACCAAGGUCGUCAAUGUCAAGUUUGAUACAGCUAAUCCCUACCUUGGAUUCAUACCCGUACGAUUUGAAGACAAGUCGUCCUACACCGAGUCAUCUACCAAGAAAUAUGAUACGAUGGCCUUCAAGUAUCUGUCGUGGCUUCUCUUCCCACUCUUAGCCGGUUACUCAGUCUACUCAGUCAUAUACCAAGAGCAUAAAGGCUGGUACUCGUUUGUGCUCAACAUGCUCUAUGGCUUCCUCCUUACCUUCGGGUUCAUCAUGAUGACGCCCCAGCUCUUCAUCAACUACAAGCUGAAGUCCGUGGCCCACCUGCCGUGGCGCAUGCUGACCUACAAAGCACUCAACACCUUCAUCGACGACAUCUUUGCCUUCGUCAUCAAGAUGCCCAUGCUGUAUCGCAUUGGCUGUCUUCGCGAUGAUGUGAUCUUCAUAAUCUACGUCUACCAGCGCUACAUCUACCCUGUGGAUCUGAAACGAGUCAACGAGUUUGGCACUACAGGGGAGAUGCACAUUGAAGCAGACGGCAAGACCCCCGUAGAUGCUGCAGGGGAACAGGCGGCGAUAGCCCCGCCGAAGAGCCAAGAAGAAAAGAAAAAGGACUAGAAAAGUCUCUUCACUGGUACACGAGUGGCUCACUGGUUGAUGCCACAUUAUCUAAGUAGUUCUCUGUGAUUAUAUUCCUUGGUGUUUGGUUUUUGGUAUCAUGGCAAUCGGUAUUGUGAAUUGUUCCGUUCUUUCUUUGUGUGAUGUCUUGUGGCAGUGUGGUUGUCUUAGUUUAAUUCUUACGCCAAAAUACAAAUAUAUUGGCUUGGUAAUUCAUUACUAUGUAUUGUCUUGAGUUAU